AUGGCCACGCACGUCGCCAAAAAGAUGAAGAUGGAGCACGAGCUCAUGGAACCCAUUACACACGUCGAUGCAGUCAUGAAAACAGAAGAAAGCGCCGUUAAUGAAGAAGACGAUGACGACGUGGACGAUGAGACCGGGACGUUUGCGAUUGCCCAGUUCCAGAGCGAAGACGGAAGCAAUGUGGGUCCACAACUAGAAAUUCCUAUGGCUUCUAGUAUCCGGCAGAUGGAGGAGCUGGUCAACGAAUUGCUGCAGAACGGCAAGAAUCGCGUGCCAUACUCACUCUUUAUUGGCGAAACGGAAGUGACAACGACGCUCAAGGCCACAGUAGAAGAGUUGAAAUUAUCGACGGAAACAGCGUUGACUAUCACAUUUCAGCCUCUGGCUGCCUUCCGCGUGCGUCCUGUUACCCGAUGCAGUGAUACUUUGCAGGGACAUUCUGAGGCGAUUUUGCAUGUGAGUUUUAGUCCGGAUGGGAAGAGAUUGGCAAGUGGAGGUGGCGACGCGACUGUACGUUUCUGGGACAUGAAUACAUGCAUGCCGAAGCACACGGGUCGUGGACAUAAGAACCAUGUGCUGUGUACGGCGUGGUCGCCGGAUGGAGCACGUUUUGCAUCGGCAGACCGCAACGGUGAGAUUCGUCUGUGGGACCCGCUCACGGGAAAGCAGAUUGGGCAGCCGAUGAAAGGCCACAAGCAGUGGGUUAACUCGUUGACAUGGGAGCCGAUGCAUCGCAACGAUACUUGUGAGCGUUUUGCAAGUUCUUCAAAGGACGGGUCGAUCAAGGUGUGGAAUGCUCGCACUGGUCGUUCCAUUGCUUCGUUGUCGGGUCACACAGACUCGGUGGAGUGCAUAAAGUGGGGAGGCGAAGGCUUGUUGUACAGUGCAUCCCGUGACCGAACAAUUAAGGUUUGGGCGAUGGAAGGUGAGCACGUGGGCAAGCUCGUGCGUACACUGAUUGGACACGGUCAUCGUAUAAACACAUUGGCUCUGAAUGUCGACUACGUUUGUCGUUCGGGACCGUUCAACCACAACACCACGAGUUUUACAUCACGCGAAGAGAUGCAACACGCGGCAUUAAAGCGAUAUCAAGAGGUUCGUAAGGGUCAGCCGGAACGUUUGGUUUCUGGCUCGGAUGAUUUUACUCUGUUCUUGUGGGAGCCUUCAGAGAGUAAGAAGCCUCUGGCUCGUCUUACUGGUCAUCAGCAGCCAGUGAAUCACUUGAGCUUUUCUCCAGACGGGCGAUACUUUGCCAGCGCGAGUUUUGAUAAGAAAGUCAAGAUUUGGAAUGGCCAGUCGGGUAAGUUUGUUGCUACACUCACUGGCCACGUUGGUGCAGUGUAUCAAGUUUGUUGGUCCAGUGAUGCGAGACUGAUCGUGACAGCAAGUAAAGACUCGACUGUAAAGAUUUGGGAGCUCAGUGACCCGAAGAAUGCCAAGACAACGUUGUCAGGUCAUGCUGAUGAGGUGUAUGCGCUGGAUUGGAGUCCAAAUGGCGACAUGGUGGCAUCGGGUAGCAAGGAUCGCACCAUCAAGAUGUAA